AUGACAGAUCCUAAUCAGGGAGUCGCAUCAGGAAAUGCUGUCUCCAGUUAUAACAUUCACAAUCUUGCUUGUCAAUCACGUUCCACACCAAGCGGCAUGAGAGAAGAUAUCGUACUCGCAUCAUGGCUGAUUGUGCUCCUGCGGACUCGGGAAGGAGAGCGCGUCUCGUUUGAUUGGACAUAUCAGAAUUCAUCAAAUGCACCGGAGCAAACUCCAAGACACUUUUCCAUGGAGGAUGUCAUGAACGGAUUGGGAGACUCGGUUGGCAAUGUCACCAAGACUAUCUCGAGCCAGAUCUCGAGAUUAGAUUCUGGUGAAAACUAUUCUGAGGCUGUCUCGAUACUUCUGAGCACUAGCGUUCUAUCACAACAAUCUGAGGACUCAACAGGGACACUCCAUCUCAGGGUACACUUCAUUGACGGAAAGCUCCAUAUCCAGCCAGCUUUCCGCAGCAAAGAUUUACUGGACAAUGAGGUGACCAGAUACAUCAGAUCAUUAGCAGAUACCAUUCGGCUCUGCAUCUCGGAACUAGAGAUUACAAUCCAGGACGCGUUACGACCAACACCAAGUGAUCUGGACGAGAUUUGGGAGUACAACAAUGAAUUACCUCCUACAUACGACUUUUGUAUGCACGACAUGGUAUCUGAGCGAGCACAUCAAUUCCCUGACAAAGUUGCCAUUGAUUCUUGGGACGGCACUCUGACUUUUGGGCAAAUCGAUCAAUAUUCUACUUUCAUGGCACAGUCUCUGAUAGCAGAGGGCGUACGAUCGCACGAUAUUGUGCCAUUGUGCUUUGAGAAGUCGCGCUGGGCGAUCGUUGCUGUGAUGGCUACCAUGAAGGCAGGAGCGACCUUUGCAAUGAUGGACCCUUCUCUUCCGCUUGCUCGACUCCAGAAUAUGGCUGUGCAGAUUAAUGCAAACUUGAUUGUUUCAUCACGAAUUCAGCAUGAAUUUGCGAAAUCCAUCAUGCCGGACGCACCGCAUCUCGUCGUCGAAGAAGACGCCUUCAAGCAAGCACUUCCUGGAAGUCUGAAGAAACUACCCCCUGUCGACCCUGACACUCUAAUGUAUAUCAUCUUCACAUCUGGCAGCACCGGUACACCAAAAGGCGUCACAAUAUCCCACAGAACAUAUACCAGCAGUGCUAUUCCUCGAGCGAAAGCAGUCGGCUAUACGGAAAAGUCUAGAGUUCUCGACUUUGCAUCAUACGCCUUCGAUGUCAGUAUUGACAGCAUGUUUCUGACAGUCGGUAAUGGCGGUUGUCUCUGCAUUCCCUCCGACGAAGACCGUCUGAACGACAUCAACGGUGUUAUAAGAGACAUGAAGAUCAACUAUGCUGGCAUCACACCGUCUAUGGCUCGAAUCUUGGAUCCAGAUGUUAUCAAGUCACUCGACGUACUGGGCCUUGGUGGAGAAGCAGCGUCCGCCAGAGACGUCAACUUCUGGGGUCAAGACACCAGAAUAGUUAUUGGUUAUGGCCCUUGCGAGUGUACCAUCGGAUGCACGAUAAACAGUGAUACCGCCACGGGCAGAGACUACAUUUCCAUCGGUACCGGAAACGGUGCUUGUAUGUGGAUUGUCAACCCUGAUGACCAUGAGCAAUUGAUGCCAGCCGGUGCUGUUGGCGAGUUGCUCGUCGAAGGCCCUAUCGUGGGACAAGGCUAUCUCAACGAUCCUGAGAAAACGGCGACUGUGUUCAUCAACGAUCCUUCCUGGCUUCUCAAAGGACACGAGAAGUAUGCUGGCCGGCGCGGAAGGCUAUAUAAGACUGGAGAUCUCGGAAAGUAUGAUCCUGAUGGCUCUGGUGGUAUCAUUUUUGCUGGACGAAAAGAUACUCAAGUAAAGCUUCGUGGUCAACGUGUCGAGCUGGGCGAAAUCGAGAGUCAGCUUGGCGCUAGACUGCCCUCUGGUACAACAAUUAUCGCUGAAGUCGUUGUACCACAAGGAACAGGCGGUCAGGCUACAUUGGUAGCCUUUGUUGCACCCAGCGCUUCUCAAGGCCACGGUCAAACCAACAUCACUUCCAUCCAGCUUUCUGACGAGUUGCGUGAAGCACUUACGAAAGCCGAUGCAGAGGUGAAGAAGGUUUUGCCCCGUUACAUGGUGCCCACUUCAUACAUUCCAGUCAACCAUAUCCCAGUUCUGAUCUCUGGAAAGACUGAUCGCAAGCAACUCAAGGCUUUUGGUACCACAGUCGAUCUGAGAGACCUGGAUCAGAGUUCUGCUGAUAUCGGCCGUGAGCUUAACGACCGGGAGAAAGGUCUUCAGCAGGCCUGGAGUCAGGUAUUGAAUCUAGACGCUGCAGGAAUUCGCCUUGAAGACAACUUCUUUGCCCUCGGCGGCAAUUCUCUGGCAGCAAUGAGACUGGUAUCAACUUGCAGGGCACAGGGUCUUAUCCUGUCUGUCAUCGACACAUUCGGCAAUCCGAACCUGUCCGCAAUGGCUAGUGUUGUUAAAGCCGGCGACGUACAAACACAGAAGGAACUUCAAGCAUUCUCGACCAUCACGCGAUUGGUCGACGACGCUCGCCUAGAGGCAGCCAAAGCCUGCAAGACUGAUAUCGACAACAUCGAGGAUAUCUACCCAUGCACUCCCACGCAAGAGUCUCUAUUCACUUUUUCGCUUAAAUCGGUCGAGCUAUACCUCGCUCAAAGAGUGGCCUCUAUACCUGAGCAUAUGGAUGUUGAAGCAUUGAAGAAGGCUUGGGAGAAGGUCAUCGCUGCGAACCCCAUCCUCCGUACCCGCGCCGCUCAGCUGGAAGAGCCUGGACUCCAGCAAGUCGUCUUGAAGGAGGGCAUAUCAUGGAGACACGCUACUGAUCUAGACCAAUAUCUCGAGAGCGACAAGAACGAGAGAAUGGACCUUGGUCAGAACCUGGCUCGCUAUGCGAUCGUUGAGUCGUCAGAGACUGACAAGAGAUACAUGGUUUGGAGUGUUCAUCACCUGCUCUAUGAUGGCUGGUCUGAGCCUCUCAUUCUCAAGCAAGUCAGCGAUGCUUUGCAAGGAGAAGCUCUAGAGAUUCCGGCUCGCAUGAGAGACUUUGUCGAAUACGUCCGUGAGACCGAUGAGAGUGCUAUGCAAGACUUUUGGCGACAAGAGUUGAAGGGAGCUGUUGGACCUCAGUUCCCUCGCAUGCCGUCAAGAGACUUCGUACCCACUCCUGAUGCUAUGGUCGAGCGUAUCAUACCCCUCGAGACUGGCGCGGGAUUCCCCUUCACUCUAGCAACACUGAUCCGUGGUGCAUGGGCGCUUGUGGCCUCGCAGUACUCAGGUAGCGAUGACAUUCUGUUUGGCGAGACGUUGACUGGUCGUGAUAUCGCACUUGCUGGCGUUGAGAGCAUUGUUGGUCCACUCAUUGCCACAGUGCCCAUUCGCAUCCGCAUUAACCGAGCAAUCACGCUCGAGUCUUUCCUACAGUCGGUCCAGCAAAGCAUUCUAGCGAGAACUCCCUACCAGCACAUGGGAUGGCAGAAUAUCAGAAAAGUUAGCCAAGACGCUCAACAUGCGUCAGAAGCACCGACUGGUUUGGUCAUCCAGCCUGAACCUGAUUACGUGGGCAACGAUCUUGGCUUCCAGCUGGGAGAUGUUGUUCGUGAAGCACUCCACUUCAAUCCUUACCCUCUCAUGGUAGGAUGCGGCAUUCGAAAGGGCGGCUUUAGAGUAUGUGCCAACUUCGAUAGCAGCCUGACUAAGAUUCCUCAAAUGGAGCGUAUCCUUGCACAGCUCGAAAUUGCUUGUACGCAGUUGACAAGAGACCUUACAAGACGCGUCGAAGAGGUCAGCUGCCUACCGAAGAUAGAGUUGGAUAAUAUCUGGUCUUGGAAUAGAGCUGCACCUCUGGCUUACGACAAGACCUCCCAACGCUUGAGUGCAUUCGCAAACACAGAGCAGGGCAAGACGUAUCCGCCAGCGGCUGUGGGAUGGGUUUGUGAUUCUCGUAACUCGUCUAAUUUGGUGCCCAUCGGCUCUGUUGGUGAACUCUGGCUCGAAGGCAACUUCCUCACUGGCGAUACUGUAGAGUCGCCAGCUUGGCUUCUGGCUGGAAGUCCUUCCCACCCAGGUCGUAAGGGCAAGGUCCAAGCUACAGGCGAUCUGGUUGAGCUACGUGUUGAUGGCAGCAUUGCCUUUGUUGCACGCAAGGAUAAUUUCUUACCAAUUCAAGGCCAUUCGGUCGACUUUGCCGAGCUGGAAGCACAUGUUGCCAGAUACCUACCACCCGCCACUCGUGGUACCACUGCAGUCAGGAAGUCUUCCGCAGACAGCAACCAAGAGAUCGUAGUCUUUGUUGACCAGCGACCAUCUCUCGAGGACAGCGUUGAUGUCCUGACUGAGGAUCACAAAGUACAAGGAUCAGAAGCGACAAUCCGUGCCAGCAUCCCAAUCGAUCUUGCUGUUGCACUAAAAACACUCGACAAAAAUAUCCGCGACACAUUACCCUUAUAUGCCGUACCAUCUGCAUACAUUGUAGUUGACAACCUGUCUACCGACAAGGACGGACAGAUUGACCGCGAGGCACUUCAUAAGUUGGCUUCCAGUAUUCCUUCAGAUACUCUCAAUCAGCUUCAUCAAGGACUUGAGCAAGCUUGGUCGAAGAACGUGGCUCAAGCCAAGCUGACAGUUCCAGAGGACAUUCUCAGGACUGGCUGGGCCAAUAUUCUUCGUGUCGAUGCCGGCAAAAUUGAUGUUGAUGAUAACUUCUUCCGUCUCGGCGGUGACUCUGUCUUGGCUAUGAAGCUUGUCUCCAAACUUCGUUCCCAAGGACAUGCACUGUCAGUUGCUGAUAUCUUCCAGCAUAUGCGCCUGGGCGAUGCUGCCAAGGUGAUGAAACUGGAUGUUGUGUCAAAGGCCAAGAAACAGACGCAGACAUACAAGCCAUUCUCCACGCUGAGUGUUUUGAAUGUCGAGGCCUUUUUGUCUGAGGUUGUUAGACCUCAGCUCGCCAACUCAGAAUGGAUUGUACGCGAUGUGCUUCCUAUGACUGAUACGCAGGUGUUUGAUAUCAAGCAGACUGCCUCAGCACCACGUACCUCUCUGCAAUACACCACUAUGGUCUUCGACAAGGGUAUCGAUAGCGUGAAGCUGCUCGAUGCUUGCAAGCGGCUUGUCAGCACACACAGUAUCCUUCGUACUGUCUUUGUUCAGCACAACUCGGCUUACUACCAAGCUGUGCUGGAGUCGAUCGACGACAUCGUUGUCGGCAAGAAAGUCGAAGGUGACCUCAAACAACAGAUCACGGAAAUCUGCACCGCAGACAUCGAAGAAGAGUUCCCAUUGGGCAGUGCUUUUGCAAAGAUUAUGCACGUAACAGGCAACAACGGGCAAGAGGGCCUUAUCUUCCGUCUCUCGCAUGCUCAAUAUGAUGGCGUAUCAUUGCCUGCACUCCUCACUGGUCUCGAGACUCUGUACAAGGGAGGCAAGAUCAGCAGCGAGCCCUUCGCGACUUACAUCUCCGCAACCUUGGAGCCCUCUCUUGAGAAAAAGUCUUUGACUUACUGGAAAGAUCUCCUCGUCGGCUCUUCUUUGUCAUCAUUGAAAGCUUCUACCCAUGAUACCGACAAAGGUCUCUUCAAGUCGUGUCCUGUCGACAUGUCAACCAAGCCCUCCGACGCAACAACCUCUGCAAUUCUCACCGCAGCAUGGUCGUUAGUCCUCUCUCGCCGUCUACAAACCACCGACAUUGUUUUCGGCGGCGUGACCUCUGGUCGCAACAUGCCCUCUCUCCCUACGGCCGACGCAAUCAUGGGACCCUGCUACAACAUCACUCCCAUCCGUAUCUCCCUCUCUGCGUCUCAAGACAUUGCUUCCCUCCUCCGCAACAUUGCCAUUCAAACCGCGAAUUCUAGCUCCCACGACUUUGUCGGGUACUCCUCCAUCGCUGCCGCUGUAGGUUGGGAUACCGAUGCAUACUUUGGAAGUAUAGUGCAUCAUCAAGGCGAUGAAGAUGAUGUGGAAACCAUGCCCUUUGCUGGUGGAGAAUGUGCGAUUGAUGCGAUAAAGCCACACGGAGAUUCUCCUUCUCCGAUGAAAGUGGUUAGUUUUGUUAAAGGUGGAGAAACACAUGUUGGUGUUGUUGGUAGUGAGAGAGAAGAGAGCUUUGUGGAAAGUGUUUUGGAGGAGUUGGUGCAAGCGUUUGGUGAAGUAUGUAAAGGUGGGAUUGUGGAGGUUUAA